ACAGUUUGAUUCACUUUGAUUUUGACAACAGAAGAUGUAAUUAAAGUACUUUGGGUCUUUCAUCAGUAGCUCACAGGGUCUUCUAGUUCACAAUGUUUUAUAAAGUGUUUAUAAGAAAUAGUUUCAUUUGAUUUAAACAUUACAUAAAACAUUUAAAAGAAUUGGCCACUUUUUAAGGGCUUAUAGACUUAACUUUCUAUUGGCCCAUUUUUAAAAUCUCUAAUUAAGAGAUGUAUUUAUUGAAGAGAAGAGAGUCAAAUAUAUCUAAUGAAUAAACUUUGUGUAUUUUUUUAAUGCUACUUUCACGGCAAAGAUGCUCUAUAAACUCUCCGCUGCAGCAGGUGGUGACAAGCACCGUUAACGACGCUUUGUAGUCCGCCAGUAAAACCACAGAAGAAGAAGAUGCUGCAGCAGCAGCAGGACCUAAAAUGGCGGCCGGCGACACAAACAAAAGCUGCUGUCGGAGAGUAUUUAACGGUCACAACUAACCGGCUGCGGGACUCCGACAGUGUCUCUGACAGGAAGCAGUCAUCAUGCUGUGAGGUCAUGAGCUCGCUCGCUCUGUGACGAGGAGGAGAAGAAGAAGAUGGCGACUGAGCUGCUUAACACCUCCCUCCCCGACGGCAAGCAGGUGGAGGUGAAGAAGAGUUUCAUCCAGCGGAGCGAAGCCGAGUCGCCAGCUGAAAACGGCGAGGAGGACGGAGACGCCGUCCAGCCGAACAUCAACACAGCGGCAGAGGACAAAGACGGAGAGGAGACGCACCCCACCCUCAGAGAGAGGAAUGCGUUGAUGUUCAACAACGAGCAGAUGGCUGAUGUUCACUUCAUCGUCGGUUCUCCUGGAGAAACUCAAAGAGUCCCUGCUCAUAAGUAUGUUCUGGCGGUGGGCAGCUCAGUGUUUGGAGCCAUGUUCUACGGAGAUCUGGCUGAGGGACAGUCUGAGAUCCAGAUCCCCGACGUGGAUCCGGCUGCUUUCCUCAUCCUGUUAAAGUACAUGUACAGUGAUGAGAUCGAACUGGAGGCCGACACGGUGCUCGCCACGCUCUAUGCCGCAAAGAAGUACAUCGUCCCUGCUCUGGCGAAGGCCUGCGUCGGCUUCCUGGAGACGAGCCUGGAGGCGAAGAACGCCUGCGUGCUUCUGUCUCAGAGCCGGCUGUUCGAGGAGCCACAACUGACGCAGCGCUGCUGGGAGCUGAUUGACGCGCAGGCCGAGCUGGCGCUGCGCUCCGACGGCUUCACUGAGAUUGACCCUCCCACACUGGAGAUCAUCAUGCAGAGAGAGACGCUCAACGUCCGCGAGGUGCUGCUGUUCCAGGCAUCGCUGCGCUGGGCGGCGGCGGAGUGUCGGCGGCGGGGCCUGACAGUCACACCCAGGAACCAGCGGGCGGUGCUGGGGAAGGCUCUGUACCUGGUCCGGUUCCCCACCAUGACGCUGCAGGAGUUCGCUGAUGGGGCGGCACAGUCCGACGUCCUGACACUCACAGAGACUCACGACGUCUUCCUGUGGUUCACUGCAACCAAUAAACCCAGACUGGACUUCCCACUGGUGAAACGGGCUGGCCUGGUGCCACAGAGGUGCCACCGCUUCCAGGCCUCCGCCUACCGUACCAACCAGUGGCGCUACAGGGGGCGCUGCGACAGCAUCCAGUUCGCUGUGGACUGCAGGAUCUUCAUGGCUGGCCUCGGCCUGUACGGGUCGAGCGGCGGGAAGGCGGAGUACAGCGUGAAGAUUGAGCUGAAGCGGCAGGGAACCGUGCUGGCUCAGAACCUCACCAAGUUCCUGUCAGACGGGUCCAGCAGCACCUUCCCUGUGUGGUUCGAGCACCCGAUCCAGGUGGAGCCGGACGCUUUCUACACGGUCAGCGCCGUGCUGGACGGGAACGAGCUGAGCUACUUCGGGCAGGAGGGGAUGACAGAGGUGCAGUCUGGGAAAGUCACCUUCCAGUUCCAGUGUUCAUCAGAUAGUACCAACGGGACCGGGGUGCAGGGGGGGCAGAUCCCAGAGCUGGUCUUCUUCUGCUGAACCAGAACCUGACAGACUGAAGGCCUAUUAAUCCGCCAGACAGCAGAUGGACUCACAGUGAGUGAACUGUAGCCUGACUGGCUGUUGCAGUGAACUGGAAGAACUGGAAGCUGAUUGGAUGUCUUCUUCUUUAAGAAAUACUGUCUGAACAUUAAAGUUAAAGUGAAUAAAGAUGUGUUGCUGCUUGUUAAAUAAAUUUCUCAGAUGAA